AGGACUGGCAAAGGAGGGCAAAGGUCUGCAAUUGCCCUGGGCACUCGCAUUAUUUGCGUUUUUGACAUUGGCCUCCAACCGGACGCAUUGAGCUGGCUAUACUGGGAAGGAGACCUAAGUUCACUCUGAAAGCAAGGCUGAAAGGACUGUUCUUGCUUGACACACCGGCCGCUGCUUGCCCUCCUUACACCCGCAUCUUCCGUGGGCGUGCCGCAACGUCACAAACAGCGUAAAGAGUUUUCCGGCCACUAUCCUCCACAGUCCAUGUCAUCAUCCCGCGGGUUCGACGGAAGCGGCAUGGGCGCCUCAACUUCACGCCCCUCCUACGUCGUCGCCUACCUCUCCCACCUCUUCGCCACGCUCUACACCACAAUGUCGAGCUUCUUUACCAUCUUCAAGCCUGCGGAAACCAUCACUCUCGCUCACAGCCGACGCCGCGUCACGGUGCUGAAGCAGCUAGGGGAGGGAGGAUUCUCGUUCGUGUACCUAGUGCGGGAUGUGGGCGAUGGGGCGACGUACGCGUUGAAGAGGGUUCGGAUACAGUUGCCGGAGCACGAGGAGAGGCUGAAGAGCGAAAUUGCGGCACAUAAGGCUGUACAGUCGCCAUAUGUGGUGAAGUUGGUGGAUGAGGAGGUGGUGAAGAGGGGGAAUGCGGUUGUGGAGGGUUUGCUGUUGCUGCCAUUCUAUGAGAGGGGUACGGUUCAGGAUCUGAUAGAUCAGACACCGACCGAUCAAGCAAUCGCAUUACAAAGGAUCUUGCAGAUUACUAUGGACGUAUGCUCGGGGCUUUCCGCAUUCCACACGCAUAAUCCACCACUGGCCUUCCGCGACCUCAAACCCGCCAACAUCCUCAUCAACACGGACGGACGAGCCGUCUUGAUGGAUUUGGGCUCUGUAGCAGUUGCACGCGUGACGUUGACGUCGCGGAAGGAAGCCAUCGCACUUCAAGAAGAGUGCGCAGAGACAGCCACGGCGCCGUUCAGAGCGCCGGAGCUGUUUGAUCCGCCCACCAACGGUAGUGUUGAUGAGAGAAGUGAUGUCUGGGCACUUGGAUGCACACUGUACGCAAUGGCAUAUCGCGUCUCUCCAUUCGACGGCACAACAACAGCAACCAUCUCCGGCCGAGUCUCCUUCCCCACCCCACCAACGCCCUUGCGGAGUCAUCCUGUCUACAUCAACGCCGCUUUCCGCCAUCUCAUCCUUGCCGCGCUGACGCCACCUGCAUCGCGACCCACAGUGGCUGAGAUGUCCGAGAAGUGCAGGGUGGUGCUUGAAGGGCUUGGAGACUCGCAGGACGGUAUCGGUGCUGUUUGAGCGAUGUGGGUCUGUUUCUUGACUCUAUGUGGGCAAGCCACUUGGGAGGAGAUGCGAAGAAUUACGCAUGUUUUUGGGCAUUAGAGAUUGACCGUUCAGAGGUCGCAAAUAGAGACGUAGUUUUUCGCCGCCUCAUAACUCUUUAAUUUGCGAGGUCCGAUGACGCUUUGAAGGGCGUUCUCGAUCUGGCCCCACUGAUAUACUGUUGCGAGACUGGAACCUGAGACCAGCGCUGGCAACACGAAUCGUAGGCAGCCACCUUUGUCGGCUUUUGCCGAUCAGAAAAGCAGCAGAGAAGGAAACCGGGGGAGCAAAGUUCCGGAAGUUUAUCAUUGAGCAAGGAACUGAUGGCACACUCCGCUUGUAUGCCGAUAUUGUGCACAUAAACUUCAUCUGGGAAAUACUGCUAUUUUUGGGGAUUUUGAAAGAAUAUAUCAAGCAGCUCAUGGGCGCUUCAUCAGAACUCAGUCAG